GAAAAUGUCAUAAUGUUUAUUUACAAACCGUUACCGCAUGGUUCUGCAUGCUGUUUACAACUUGAGAAUGAAAUGAAACCUCCCACUUAAGCAGAUAUUUUUAUUUAUAAUUAGUUUUCUCUAUUAAAAAAUAAGUUUAAAAUAUGAAUCGUUCAUCCAUGUUAAAAAAAUCAAUUUUGAUUGGAACUCGAGCCCUGUCUAUUUCCAAGAACUUUAAUAUCUCUAGUCAUUGCAGAACUGUAUGUUUGGUUAAAUUUCAAUUGUUUUUGAAUUUAUUUAUUUCAUAUUUUUCUGUCUUGAUCAGUUUCAAAGCCGCAUCAAGUAUAGAAGAUACUUUUGGUCGUCAUCAUAAUUACUUGAGGAUCUCUUUAACUGAACUUUGCAAUUUAAGAUGUCAGUACUGUAUGCCUGAGGAAGGGGUGACUUUAACACCUGACCAACAUUUAUUGACUACCAAAGAAAUUCUCUCAUUAUCAAAACUUUUUGUUAAGUUAGGAGUAACAAAGAUACGGUUUACAGGUGGAGAACCUUUGCUUCGCAAAGAUCUCUUGGAAAUCAUCGAAUCAGUUUCUCAGUUCAAAGGCCUUGAAACAAUUGGGUUAACAACUAAUGGACUAUUUCUUCAUAAGAAAAUUAAGGAAUUGAAGAAAGCUGGACUGAAUGCAUUGAAUAUCAGCCUAGAUACAUUAAUACCCGCAAAGUUUGAGUUCUUGACAAGACGCAAAGGCUACAAUAAUGUCAUCAAAAGCAUUCAUUCUGCUUUAGAUGCAGGAUUCCACCCUUUGAAGGUAAAUUGUGUUGUAAUGAAGGGAAUUAACGAUGAUGAGUUAACCUCUUUUGUAAAGUUUACUGAAAAACAGGAUGUUGAUAUUCGCUUCAUUGAAUAUUGUCCUUUUGGUGGCAACAAGUGGAGUGACAACAAAAUGGUUCCCUAUGAACAAAUGCUUGAUUUGAUUAAGGCAGAGUAUCCAGACCUAAAACGAAUAACUGACCAACCAAAUGACACUUCAAAGGCUUACAAAGUUCCUGGUUACAAAGGCCAGAUAGGAUUUAUCACUUCUAUGACAGAGAAUUUCUGUAGUUCCUGUAAUCGCCUUCGAAUUACAGCAGAUGGUAAUUUAAAGGUGUGCCUCUUUGGGAAUAAGGAAGUCUCUCUCCGAGAUGCGUUGAGAGAGGGAGCUUCUGAGGAAAGCCUUCUUCAAUUGAUUUCAACUGCAGUGCUGUCUAAAAAGAAACAGCAUGCAGCAAGAUGGUUAAAGUGUGCCAAAUUAAGAACAAAUCUUUAUAGUUUUAUUAAUAUACUAAAGAGUAACAAAACAGUGCCAAAUUCAUCAAACAUGUACAGAUUCUAUAGCAUUGAUUCAAGGGAUGAUCCGAUUCAAAAGCAACUAACUCAUACAGACAAAAAGGGAGAACUAAAUAUGGUAGAUGUGAGCUCAAAGCCAAAGACUGUGCGUAUUGCUGAAGCAGAAGCGAUUGUCCACCUCGGUAAAAUCGCCUUUGAGCUUUUACAGCAAAAUAAAAUUAAAAAAGGUGAUGUUCUGCCAGUUGCAAAUGUAGCUGGCAUAAUGGCUGCAAAGAAAACCAGCGACAUCAUUCCUUUGUGUCAUACCAUCGAAACUGAUUUCAUUGAAAUUAACUUUGAAUUGAAUUCUCUCAAUUAUGAGGUGGUCAUUAAAUCUAAAGUCAAAGCUGUUGAUAAAACUGGUGUUGAAAUGGAAGCCUUGACCUCAGCUACAGUAGCUGCUUUGACUAUUUAUGACAUGUGUAAAGCUGUAACAAAGGACAUUGUGAUAAAAUCAGUCAAAUUAUUGUAUAAAUCUGGGGGGAAAGAAACAUUUAUAAGGAAAUGAUAUCUGAAUAUUUAUUUUGAGAAAAUUUUAUCUUUAUUGUAUAUAAAAUAAUAUAUUUUAUUAAAAAUUUUUAUUAUUAAUGUUC